AGAUAUUUAAAAGUUUUAUGAAUGUGAUUUGAUCAAUAAGUGAUAAUAUGAUUAAAUUUAUAACUCUGGUUGUAGCACUUCCUUUGGUUUAUUCCUUUGUUCUUCAAAAUAAGGAAGAAACUGAACUGGACAGCGAGAUUAACAAUCUAGAAUUAAAAGCUGAGGAAGCUGCGACAGGUGUGGAUAAUCUAGGGUUAAGUUUAUCUCUUACAGCGCUGUUGUUGUGGAUUGUUGUGGUUUUAGUAACAACAGCUCUCAGUGCAACCCCUACACUUGGAGUCGUGGGGCCAUUUAGUAGAUCAGACUAUGCAAGUGAUAUAGAGUACAAGAAGUUGUCUAAUGAAAGUGAAGGAAAUGAAUUAUUGAGCAGAAUUUUCAAAUCCAUCAUUCCUUCUUCACCUAGCAGCCUGACAUCAACAAUACUUCCAAACUCAAGGAAACUGGUUCCUGUGUCAAAGAGAAAGAUCGAGUUUACCAAACCAAACGUAAAUAGCAGAAAAACAUCCAAACCAAAUCAAAAUAGAACACCGGCCAAGCCAAGCCAAAUAAAAAAAUCAACCAAAGAAAUUGGAACCAACCUACCCGUCACCCCAAUUAAACCAACCAAAGAACCAAACCAAAAGACUUCCAAACUCAAACCGAAUCCAAGACCGUUCAAACCAAACCAAGAAGAAAAAUUUUCAAAAAUUUCACCUUUCUCAAGAAAUGGUCGAAUUCCAGAAAACAAGAACAGAGAGCAAACUUCGAAAAUGGCGUCUGUUCUAAACUUAAUUCCUGAUUUGUCCGAACUGUUGUCUCAGAUGAGGGGUGAACUGUCUGGUGGUUUGGAGAGGGUGACUUCUGAUAUUGAUCUUCAGGAUUGUAUCCUUCAAGCUGUUUGCUACAUGUCGUUUUCAGGUCCAAAUACGGAGAGUCGCGGGUUUAAAAGUCCAGAUGAGGGAAGAAAAUGGGGAGAAAAUAAGAAUUCUGGAGAGAAGGAGAAGGAGGAGGGAAGAAAAUGGGGAGAAAAUAAUAAUUCUGGAGAGAAGGAGAAGGAGGAGGGAAGAAAAUGGGGAGAAAUAAAAAAUGCUGAAGAUAAUGAUGAGGAUUGUGAAGUGUUUAAGUGUACAGCAGUUUCUACAGGGUUCCAGCUGGUCAAUCUUUACAGGAGAGUUACUGAGCUUUCUGCCAGGAUUUCUAACAGAGCCAUAGAAAAUGGAAAAAGGACAGAGCAGAUUCAUUAAACUAGAGGGAGCUAGAACCUGAUUCAUCAUAUUUUUAUCCAACUACAAAGCACGAGAUAAUACAAAUAAAAAUCACAGUUUAGUAUGUAGUUUGAACCCGCCUAACCAGAAUUAUAGGUUGUUUCAAGUUCAGACAUACCAGAGAAAAAAACAACAUAUAACAUUGAGUAAAUAGACAAUGUGACUGUAGAUACGGUAAUUUGGGUUCCUAAAUUCAUUUUAUUAACAAUCUUUAAGAAUUUAAAAAGAAAUUAUUUUUUUCCUGAAGUGAAACGUCAAGAUUUCGACUGUUCACUGUUUUAUUAAAGAAAAAACUGUUGAAAAUACCGCUUUCAAAGUAAAAGAAUAUUUCUGAGACUUUAUGAGUUCUUAUUCUAGUGUGACUUAUACAACUGUGGAUUACAAAGACAUUUGAUUCAGUUUGUGAUUUUAGAUAGAGUAAUAAUGGUCAUGAAACACACCAAGAACUCGAUUUUUAGCCAGUAGUAACACUAUUGGCUAGUUGUAAUAACAUCAAUAAAUUUCGUAGAAUUUCAAAGCAAAAAUAAUAAGACAUUUUUUUCUAAUUAAUAUUGGAUUUACAAUUACAUGCUUCGACUGAUAAUUUUAUAACUUUCAGCGAUUCUUUUGCAGAUAAUUUUAUAACUUGCAGCGAUUCUUUUUACCAAUUUGUUGUUUACGUUUUUCAGAAAAGAAUUAUUUGUAUAAAAUUUGUUUAGCAUAAUUGAAUGUUUUAUACAGUGGUAGGCGAUUAUAUCAAUAUAAUGAAGACGACUUUCGAUAUCAAUUUUGAUUUCUAUUCAGCUUUUAAACAGCUAUCAAUUAUAAAAGCUUCUCUUUAAAGCAUAUUUUAUUUUUAGAUUGCUCUAGCUCCAAAAGUAAUGAUCCCUGAUCCAAAAUUUUAGUUAAAAAUGAAACCUUUAAUUUUUUCCAUACUUUCUGAACGAAUGAAAAUGAGACUUGAAAAAUCCGGGAUAUCGAUUUUCGACUUACGGUCAAAUAAUUGGUUUUAACAAAAAAAGUAUGAGGCCUAGAAGGAAAAAUUUUACAUCAUGAAAUAACUGAAAUAUAGAGCUUUCGAAUGACACCUUGAUUGUAAAAAUUAAACGAAAAUUGUUUCCCCAGUUACUAAUAUCCCUACUGCACAAUCUUUUUGAGACACCCUGUAUAUUUAUGUAUAUACAGGUUUACAUACAAGAUGAAAAUGCAAAGACGACCUGAAACUCAUAAGAAAUUGCGAUCCCUGCAAGGUUUAAUUGAGUUCUUCAGCCUUAACUAUUGUAUUUAAUGAUUUUUAAAGAAAGAAACAAGUUUACAGUUGCAGGAAACCUUGAAUAUUUGCAAGCAAAUUCCUUACAGUCGUCUCUGAUAUCUCAUCCUUUGUGGGUAACCUUGUAUCAAAUGAGACUAUUUAUCAAGAUAUAUAUAUGAAAACAGAUAUUGUUGAUAUUGAAAUUCGUCAUAGAAUAAACAAAGAAGGAUUAGUUUGGAAAUCCCAAAUAAAACGCAUAAAGUUGCAGUUAAGGGCUGCAGGGAUUCCGGAUUAAUUCUAUAAUUUGAGUAUAAGGAAUUCAAACUUUAGAAAAUAAAACAUCAAAUAAAUAUUCUCUCUAAAAUUAA